AUGAAAAUUUGGAGCCAACGAUUAUCGUUUAUAAUCGUCAUGAUCUUGUUUUUCGCCGGGAUUCAUUUCUCUUACGGCAUCCGCAAGCUUUCUAGUACGACGGCAACAGAGAUGUUCCAGGAAGAGUUCCGACAAUUAAGAUUUGACGGCGAGAGAAAGUUAUCGGAAGUGAGCUCCAACGAGAAGUACGAUCAGAUCUAUGGAGUUUCAGCUAGAGAAGUUCCUCAAGGGCCAAACCCGCUUCACAACAAAUGA